AGUCGACGUCGAGCGCUGUUCGCGAGCGGAAUUCCGCGGAAAUACCCGUAUGUGGAGGAAAACAAAGGCGGCGAGCGAGAGAGUACAGCAAAUAAAUAAGCGAAAAAACACCAAACACGAAUUAGUGCUAUGUAAAAGUCCGAAAACGAACCGAAAAUUGGACAAGUGUCGCCGGUGGUGGGCAAAUAAAAAAUAAAACAUUCGGGCCAUCGCAGAUGCCGCGAUGACAGAGCCAAUUAGUGCGGCGGUGCAGCGGCGGAGGCAGCUGCUCCGCAGCGUGGAAAGUUUGCGCGGUCGUGUUGGCCAAGUGCUAAAGUGUGUUAUUAAUCUGCAUAUUGAGUUUUUGGUGCUCGAAUCCGAUGUGGCCGCUCUGCUGGAUGAGGUGCGCGAAUUCAACGACGACCACGAGGAGAUGAGGCGUCUGGACAGGAUGAUCGACGCUCUGAGGGACUACAGCGGACCCACGAUAUGCCACGAGUGGCCCUAUCCCCUCAUCUUCAAGGGCACAAUCGACGAGGCACACGUCGCACAAAUACUCAAUGCCAGCGAACUGGAUCCGGACGCGAAGUUGGUCAAGUUGUCGGGCGGGAGGAGCUGCAUCCAUGCGGAAUCCGAUGUGGUCACAGCGCAAAGGCGCUCCAGAUUGCUGUGGUUCUCCAGGCGAAGCAGGGGGAAACGAGCUGAGCGCCUAAAGGAACCCAAGCCUAUCUCUGAGAUGUAAACUAGUCCGAAAUGUACGUGAACAAAGUAUUGUAGCCCGAGCUACAAUCUGCCAUUACACAAGAGCCGAAAUCAAAAUAAUUAAAAGUUACAUUGCAUUAUGUAGAAGUAUGGUAUAUUUAAGAAAGACUGCGGUAAGAUGUUAUUAACCUUCUGAACUGGCAAACAUUUUUAAGUCAAUUUUCACAUGCGAUUUUUUGAAGAAUCGUAAAACCAUUUGCUUGUGUGAAUAUAUGUAAGUAAAGCAACUUGAUUGUUUAACUUGACUUGAAUUAAUUAAAAGUAUGUAUUCUUUAA